GAAGACGGAUCGAAACGGCCGGCCACGAAGCUCUCUCGUCGCCGGCCGCCGCUCUCCUCCGUCGUUCAUUCCUCGGUCGUACCGUCGCCGCUUCCUCCAAAGUCCAAACCCUACGCCGGGCGACGGCGUCCUCCUGCGCCCACCCGUCACCGCCAUGACGCUUCCGCCUCCUGUCUUACGAAGGCGAGCGCCGUGGCUUUCACGGCCUCGCUCUCCGCGGCGUCCAAUGGCGCCGCCGCUUUAAGGAGGGGGGGUGGGGGGGUUGGCGGUGGGGUGACCUAAUCGCUGCCUGCCCACGCCAUGCUCCGCCGCACGGAGGCCUCUGGUCGCCCUUCCCGUUGCCUACCCUGCGUCGACGAUCUCACCGGCGAUGCGCUCCCAAAUUGGCAUCUCCAGUGGUCGACCGCCGACCCCUUGCCGCGUAAGGAUUCGUCGUUUUCACAGAUUGCGGGAUUUCGGAAAAUGCCAAGCUCUGUUUCUGCUGUGCGCCUGCCAAGCUUAUAAGUUCAUCUGGCGUCAAAUGCUAGGUGCAAGCAACAUCAAAUCAAUUUCCAGUAGGCUUAUGGAGGCUUUAAUUUCAAGUUUAAACAACAUGGAGAUGGAAACCGGUCAGAUGUCAGAAUCAUUAAUUCAACAAAAGCCAGGACCAGAGGCCAAUCAAAAUCCUGUGGGAAAUGAUGUUAACCCAGGAAAGGAAACUGAUGAGCUUCCAGGGUCCGAGGUCAAUGAAGAGCCACUGGAAACAUGUCAGGACACAGUGGUGGAAACUGAAAUCAUCCCAGAGAAGAAAGCUGAUCCGGAGGCAGGAUUGGAGGUUAAUCAAAAGCCUACAGAAACAUGCCAGGAGAAAUCUGCAGAAUCUUUUCUGAAAGAAAAAUCUGCAGAACCUGAUGUUAACCCAGAAAAGCGAACUCCUGAUCCAGGCGUUAUUUACCGCUGUAAAAAAUGUCGGAGGAUGCUUGCAACUCAAGAAUUUGUUGUUACCCAUGAAGUGGGCGCAGGUGGGAAGAGCUUCAACAGAGGCAAACGGUCAGAUGAUGAUGACAAACAAACUGAAUGUCCUUGCAUCUUUGUGGAGCCAAUGAAGUGGAUGCAAACUGUGGAAGAAGGAUAUGUUGCGAAUAAGCUCUUCUGUAUGGGAUGCAAAGCUCGUCUGGGACAAUUCAACUGGGCUGGUAUGCAGUGCAGCUGCGGAGCCUGGGUGAUUCCAGCGUUUCAGCUGACUAAAAGCAAGAUCGAUGAAUGCUCAAUGUAACCACACAAUCAAGUGAAUCUUUGAUCCCUUUAGCAGUGAUGUUACUACUUACAACAUAUAUAUGUAUGUAGCUAGGAAAUAGUAUCGGCUAGCAUUCUAUAGCUACUCUGGUGAAGUGGUAAUCAGCAGUAAAAAAUUCUGAUCUCAUCCAGAGCAUCAGCGCUUUGGUUUCACCAAGCUGCAACAACUGAACAAACCUGGAAGCGUUAGGCGGGCCCUAAGGUUACUGAUUGGUUUUGUUAACGUCUCUACUGGAGGACUUGAACUCCUCGUCUUUUGGGUAUGACAUGGUGGAAUCUCAUGAUGGGAUCUAUUUUCUUGAGAUUGGUAUCAUCAGUCUCAUGAGUGGAUUUGUUUUAUCGAUAUGAAUACUUCAAUUCUGAUCUGCUGAUAAACUUGAUAGGGGAGGUCUUUCGCAA